AUGCCUCGUGACUUCACCGAGAUGGUAGGGGUCGGUGUACAACUUGAAGAAGGAAUAAAGGAGGGAAGGGUGGCAAGUGAUAAUUAUGCAUCUGCUAGUAGCACCAAAACGUUUGGUGGAUGGAAGAAAAAGAAAGAAGGAGAUCCUAAUGCUGCUUCCCACCAUAGACCAAUAAAUAUAAGACAACAAUAUCAACCAGAUGCCCAAGCAGCUCCAGCUCCGCAAGUGCAACAACCCAUGCCAAGCUACUAUCAACAACCCUCGGUGGCUGCAAUGGCACCAGGGGAACCUAUGAUGUCAAAUAUGCCCUUGCCACCACAUCUGAUGUUUCUAUUUGAUCCGAUCCCGAUACCAUACUCUAAUCUGCUACCUUUUCUACUCGCCCAUAAUCUCGUAGAAAAGCGUAUCGCACCACCAGUGCCUGAUAAGUUGCCUAGACGGUAUAAACCUAAUGAACAUUGUGCUUUCCACUCUAACGCACCUGGGCAUGACACUGAAAAUUUCUUCGUAUUUAAGGGAAAAGUUCAAGAACUUGUGAGAUUGGGGUUGAUUAAGUUUGGUGAUAUGCCAAAUGUGGAAACCAACCCAUUUCAUGAGCAUGGGGCAGUGAAUAUGGUUACUGAAGAUGAGAACUUGAUUAUGGAUGUCAUCAAAGUAAAGACUUUGUUGGUGCAUGUGCACCUCAAGGUGUUCAAGGUUAGUGGAAAGAAGAAGAACGAUGAAGUAUCUGUCAUAGUGUCUGUCUUCAAAAAGCCAAAAGCUUUUGAGAUAUUUUGUCCAUGCAGGGAAGGUACGCCUUCUGUCAUCUCUGCUAAGCGCUUGGACAUCAAAAUGUCAGCUCCUUUUCCCUACAAAUCUGAUAAAGCUGUACCAUGGGGAUAUGAGCCCACUACCACCAUGAAUGGUGUUGAGAAACCAUUGGUUAACAACAAAGUUGUCACCAAUAUUGCCGAUACAAGUGGUCCCACGAGAAGCGGUAGGGUUUUUGCUCAUGUUAAUCUUAGAAGUGGUAAGUGUGUGGUCGAGAGGCCCGACAAAGAUAAGGCUCCAUUGGUCAUUCCUAAGAGCAAACCCGUACAUGAUGUGGAUGCUGAAGAAUUUUUGCACAUGAUACGAAAGAGUGAUUAUAAGGGAAAAGCCUACAUAAACCCAGAUGUCACGGUUGAUCAGUUCGACCAUGUAGUUGGGAACAUUACAUCUUGCAACACACUGAGAUUUUCUGACAAUGAUUUGCUCACCGAAGGUAAAAACCAUAACAAUGCUCUCUACAUAUCCAUGGGAUGUGAAAAUGAUUCUCUUUCACAUGUUUUGGUUGAUACCGACUCUUCUCUGAAUGUAAUGCCAAAUAUUACUCUCGCCAAAUUGUCCUAUAUUGAGGCCAAUAUCAAGCCAAGCGAUGUUGUUGUGAAGGCCUUUCAUGGUUCUAGGAGGGCUGUAAUGGGUGAAAUUGUCUUGCCGAUGAUGGUUGGUCCAUAA